GGCGCGCUAGAUUCCGGGGCCCGAGCGUCCCUGCAAGCCUCCCUCACGCAGCACCAGUGGCUGCCGAGACCCGUCCGGGCCCAUGGUCUCCAGGGCGGCGCAGGGCGGGGGAUGCCAGCGUGCCAGGAGCCAUGUGUGACCGAGACUGCGAGAUAGUCGUGCUCAUGCCGGAGACUCUGGUGAGGAGAUGAGUUGGUGAACGGAGAAGGCGGCAUGAAGAUGCUUCCUGGCGUGGGUGUGUUUGGGACCGGCAGCUCCGCCCGUGUUCUGGUCCCACUGCUGCGGGCAGAGGGGUUCACGGUGCAGGCCCUGUGGGGGAGGACCGAGGAGGAGGCCAAGCGGCUUGCUGAGGAGAUGAACAUCGCUUUCUACACCAGCCGGACUGACGACGUCUUGCUGCAUCAAGACGUGGAUCUGGUGUGCAUCAACAUGCCCCCUCCACUCACCCGGCAGAUAUCUGUGAAGGCUCUAGGUAUUGGGAAGAAUGUGGUUUGUGAGAAGGCGGCAACCUCAGUGGAUGCUUUCCGGAUGGUGACAGCCUCGCGCUACUACCCUCAGCUGAUGAGCCUUGUGGGGAACGUGUUGCGCUUCCUGCCCGCCUUUGUGCGCAUGAAGCAGCUGAUCGCCGAGCGCUACGUGGGCGCCGUGAUGAUUUGUGACGCCCGCGUCUACUCGGGCAGCCUGCUCAGCCCCAACUAUGGCUGGAUCUGUGAUGAGCUCAUGGGCGGCGGGGGCCUGCACACCAUGGGCACCUACAUUGUGGACCUGCUGACCCACCUGACCGGCCAGAGAGCCGAGAAGGUCCACGGGCUGCUCAAGACCUUUGUGAGGCAGAAUGCGGCCAUCCGUGGCAUCCGGCACGUCACCAGCGAUGACUUCUGUUUCUUCCAGAUGCUCAUGGGUGGGGGCGUGUGCAGCACAGUAACUCUGAACUUCAACAUGCCAGGCGCCUUUGUGCACGAGGUCAUGGUGGUGGGCUCUGCGGGACGCCUGGUCGCCCGGGGUGCGGACCUUUACGGGCAGAAAAACUCUUCCCCGCACGAGGAGCUGCUGCUGAGGGACUCGCUGGCCGUGGGUGCGGGGCUGCCCGAGCAGGGCGCCCAGGACGUCCCGCUGCUCUACCUGAAGGGCAUGGUCUACAUGGUGCAGGCCCUGCGCCAGUCCUUCCAGGGGCAGGCGGACCGCCGCACGUGGGACCACAGCCCGGUCUCCAUGGCUGCCUCGUUCGAGGACGGGCUCUACAUGCAGAGUGUCGUGGAUGCCAUCAAACGGUCGAGCCGAUCCGGGGAGUGGGAGGCGGUAGAGGUGCUGGCAGAGGAGCCCGACGCCAACCAGAACCUGUGCGAGGCGCUCCAGCGAAACAACCUGUGAGCCUGCGCAUGGGCUCCCUGCCGUGGGGCAGAGGACAGGGCAGGACCAGGAGCUGUGAUGGGAGGGCUUCGCGGUAGCACAGAUGGUAUCUUUCAUUUGAUAGGUCCGCUUGGGCAGAGUUGAAUUCCAGUGAAUUCGAAGGUGGCCCCGGGGAACCCCCCACCCCAGUGCCCACUCUGAGGGCUGGUGAGGGGGUGGCCUUCUGUUGCCAGGGCUGAGAGGCCAGUACACCGCGCAAGGCAGAAGUGCCCCCCGGUCUGUGAGCAGGGCCGGCAGAAGCUUGACUGGGGCGCUUCGGCAGCCUGUUUGGUUUUAGCCGGAUGAGAAAGCACAGUAACGAGCCAGCCUGGCAGAUGCCGCAGGCCUGAGAAGUGA